UGUAGCAGAAGUAAGAAUAAUGGAGGUAGCAGUAACAGAAUGAUAAGUAAUGGUAGAUAUAGUUGUAGAGGAUGAAGUAGUCAUAAUAUUAGGGAUGCUCUGAUAUAAGAAACCAAUACGCAUUUAUUUCCUUUCAGCAUUCAGUACUGUGUGACGUAAACACUAGUGUACCUAAUAAACAAACCACACAAACUGCAACCUGGGUAAAUUCCAUGGUUAUUAAUAGAAACCUUAGCAGGAAAAUAUUAUGAGGAGGAACUACAGCAUCUUCCUGACUAUAAAUGAUGUAAUAGUUAAUAAUUUAUAAUAAUUAAUAAUUUAUAAUCACACUCUCCGGUGUCACCCAAAUGAGGAUGAGGUUCCCUUUUGAGUCUGGUUCCUCUCAAGGUUUCUUCCUCAUAUCAAGGGAGUUUUUUUGGCACAGUCAACCCAGGGGUUCUCACUAGGGAUGAUUUGGUCUAACAUUAAUCUUGAGCUUUUGUAUUAUGUUUCUUAUGAUGUUCUGUAAAGCUGCUUUGAGACAAUGUCUAUUGUUAAAAGUGCUAUACAAAUAAAAUUUAAUUGAAUCGAAUCUUCCUACAAUGCAAGUAACCUAAUUAAACAUCUCAUGGCGUUUAAACAGUAUUUAUUAGCGCGUGAGGGCAGCCGACUUUAAGCACACAGAUCAGUGUCAGGGAGCGUGGUCAUAGAGUUGCCGUGAAUUGUGUGAAAAGUUAUUCCCAGUGGUGGAGCAGAUAGACUGCUGCAUCCGAGAGCACUUCAGUUCAGCGAGCUUCCUUUCUCAGUGACCCUCCGGGAUGUUCACCUUGCUCAUGAGUCAUUAAAAAUAAGAUUAAAAAUUCUAACAUCUUUAACAUGACUUAACUCAACACAGCCAUAACUAACAUGAAGAGAGCUCCAUGCUGCCCAUGGUUUGUUCAUUAGGGCAGCAGGCGGGGCACCAUGGAGCUGAUUAAUACCAAGGAUUUUUCCAGAUCAGUGUCAAUUAGUACCCAAAAAUUCUCAGAGCUAUAGCAUUCAACCUGUUAGUGAAAAGACAGACAGAAUUUGUCGAAAGAAAUCAGGAUAUUCAGCAUGGUAUGUAAUAGAGGUCUGCGCUGAGCUGUUGUGAUAACAGCAGCAGUUCCAAGGAAGCACAGAAAACAUUUGUAGUGAAACUAAAUUUUGAUGCUAGUGCCUGCAUAGUUGCCCACACUGUUAAUAUUAUUUUUAUUAUUAUAAUAUGAUUAAGACAUUUCAACUAAAUAGUUUCCUGUGUGCUGUGAUGCAAACUCAUGCUGUAAAGUACUUCAUGCUUGUUGCCUGAGGAAACACUUUUGUCCCUCUGUGUCUGCAGUAGGACAACAGAUGGACAAGAUGAUGCAUUGAGCCAGUAGCUCACUCUUCAUAUUAAGGCAUAUUGUCUGGCAAGUGACCAUGCUGCUUUAACCAACCUGCAGCAAAAAAACAAAAUUGACAGUGUGAGCAGAGCUGACUCUCAUAUCCUGACUGGCACAUGGCUUCAGGGAUGUAGCUGUGGAGCAGUUUUAUCCUCAGCUUCACUCCUAGUGAAACCAAAGCUCUUUUCCUGUUGAAACAGUAUAAAUUAGAUCCCAUGAAAAGUCUGGACAUUACACAGCUAGGAUUGUGGUCUGUUGAAAUAACUGGAAUAAUUAUCUGCUACCUAAUUCAUAACUGUCUGCUCUGGGGUAAAAAUUGUCUCAGUUACACCACGUUGGAAAGGUCGUACAGAUUAAAUUAAAAUAAUACCAUAAAAUGGUCUUUUAGUCUUUGACCUCCAGUCUGUGAUUUGCAUGCUGCUUCAAUGAAAUUAGUCUUGAUUAUUCAUGGGAAAUAGCGAGGCUCUGUCACUCCCAGCUGUAUAUUUUCACAGAUCAAGGCAAAUUUCUGCUCUUCAUUCCACCCCCCCACCCCCAAAUGGGCAUCGAAUGAUCCCCCGAUGAGCUAAAUUGGAUUUUUCCUCCCUCUCUGUCUCCGUAACCAUUCCCUUGCUACGUGUUAAACCCUCCCAAUCGUUAGCACCAUCUAAACCAGUGGAACAUCGAGGCUGUCCCUUAGCGCUGAAGACCGCCACCCCGCAUGUGAUAGCAGGAAUUUGACUAUGGCAAUGAAACUGGUGCCUUAUCGCAGAUUUUACAGAUCUGACUCUCUUUCGCAAAGACUUGUCAUUUUUCUUGAAGACCUAGUGUACUUGAACCCAUCUGAGUAUUAACCUGAAUGUCAGACUGUCUGCUGUGGUAUGAAGUAGCUGACUGUAUCUAUCAGGCUGCCGUUCGAAUAUCAGGAAAAGUCCAGCUGUAUCAGCCUCUCUAUAUGGGAUUCAUCACGGAUUCUGCACUAGAAUCAGACACACAGUCUGUGUCGGUGUAAUUUGUACUAGGAUAGCGUCCUUUGUGUUGCUUACAUCAAUAGAAUUAGCAGGAUUAGGUUCUUGAAUUAUUGAUUUUGAAUUGAAAGCUGAAUUGAAAGUGGUGUUGCGUUACACUGUAUUAUGCAUAAUGCUGCCUUAUACCAUUUGUGUGUAGGCUUUCAUGUUGUUUGAUUGUAUUACCGAUGCUAUAAGCUAGCCCUACCCAUUAUGACACACUAGGGCUGUAUGAUGUGGAUGAAAAAUUGAUUGAGUGGCGAUGUGAGAUGUGUGUAAGCACAGAAACGUUAUUCUAGCAUUAAUAUAACCGAUACUGAUGCUAAUAUUACGUCUGGCAUGUGCCGUAAUCAACAUUUACACAGUAAUCUUUUUUUAAUGAUGAGGUUAACGCCAUAAUGACUUCCUAUUCACUGCCUAUGCCCUCUGGGUACGGUUGAAUUUCCCUGUCUACCCUACAUAGUGAAACUACACCUCUGUCUUUAUAUAUUUAUUUAAGUAAAAAGUAAAAGCAAAAGUAGAGACUGGAACGAUUCUGUUUAAAGGUGCUGACAGGGACAUGGCUUUUCGUUUGCUACUGAAAUGUGGCGCUGAGGUCCGUUAGAAUUAGAUGAACCCUACACUGCGCACUUUGAAAAGGGGCACGCCCACAUCACCAGUUUUAGGAUCAUUCCACACUGAAGCAAUGAACAGAAAACAUUUCAAAUGAGUCGUUUUCGGAGGAAAUUCUUUCAGAAGCAUUGGCGACAUGAAGGCUUACUUGCUAAAUGUCAUGUCAAAAUGAAAAUAUCUGAAAUAGUUGGGCAGCACAGCGUGUUGCUGCUUCACAGCUCCGGUGUUCCUAGGUAACUCUGAGCUGGUGGUUUUCACAAUUUCUUCCUGCAUGGAUUUCCUCCAGAUUCUCCAGUUUCCUCCCACAUCCUUCAUCCAGUGUCAGAUGAUGGAUUGCUGCUCUGUGCAUGGAGUCUCAUCAUCCCAUCCAGCAUGUGUUCCCAUUCCAGCCUCACACUCAGUGUUCCAGAGAUGUUCCUCAGAUCCACCAUGACCAGGAUGACGUGACUAAUAAAGAUAAAAGAAUGAAAAUUAAUUGUAACCUGAAUUGAUUAAAAGAGCUGGAAUUGGUGGUGAGUAGUGCUGUGUGAGCUCUCGCUUUCGUUUUCAUCACGUUCGUAACUCCUGCAUUCGUAUAUAUGUAUUUCCGCGUGCGUGAAUUUACUGGAUCAGACUAAACAAACUACUGAAUGAGAUUGAUUAAGAAGGUUUUUUGUUUCUUUGCCCUUUGGUGCAUUAUUGCAUGCAGAUAUUUGUUGUGAGCGAUUGUGAGUCAACACCACGCCAGCUUCGGCUUUGAAGAAUGGCAUGUCGUGGCGUUCCAUAUGGCUGUUAAUUCUGACUCUAACAGACAUGCACCCUUCAGGGUUCUCAGUGUGAAUGAUGGUGCCUUCAGAGGGAGCAGGGAUCGGAGUGCUGAUGGUUUCAGAACAGACUUUCAGCUCUGCUUUUUAUCAACAAUUUUUUAAUCUGUUCUAUUAUCGCUCACACUGUGACCAUGAUUAAAAAUAUGAUGGCUUGCUCAGCCCGUAUACCCGGUCCCUAACAAGUGGUAUAAAAGGAAAAGUAUACAGAAUUUUUGGAUAACUGUGCCACUGUUCAGUGCUUUUACUUAACAUCCCAUGGGCUCUGUGUGCCACCAUGUCAGCCCUCUGUGCUUACUGUUGUGUCUUCGUCCACUCUGCUGACUUGAAUCUGACCGGGUGCACAUUAAUAAACCUGACGCUGAGCCUGGAGAGUGCUGCGCCGUCACUGUUCAGACUAAAACCGAAUCUCUUUUCAGCAUUGGCUUAAUCAAAAAGGGGAGGAAGCUGCUCCUCCCCUCUCCUUUAUUUUUCCUCCCUCCCUCCUUCUUUACGUUCUCUCUCUCCCGCUCUCCCUCCCCCCCCCUCUCUCUCUCUCUUUCUCUCUCUCUCUCUUUCUCAAACUCCCAGUCACUGUAGUGCUGCUUCCAGGGGAACGGCAGCUCUGAAUCCAAACACUAGUGGACGCGAUGCUGGAGAGGGCAGUGCCUUUGCUGUUUUGAAGCGAGGAGACGCAUCCGUGCAUGCGUGCCUGAGUGCAGUCGCUCCCACCUUCUCUCCACUGUUUCUCCGCUGUUUAUUUUUUUUUUCUUCCUCCUUCCCUCGCUCUCACUUCUGCAGGGACGUGUAGCUUUUUCUCUGUCUGUCUGUCGUGCGUCUUAGCCGGUGCGCUCGUGUCGAGGAGAUGAUCGGGGUAAACAGCGUUCAGGGCACGGGGAAGGUGCGCAUGCGGGCCAGCGGUUCGGUCAAGUACAGCAGGGAGGAGUCGGUCCGGCGGCAGCCCCAGCACCGCUCCAAAUCCCUCAAAAUGUCCAACUCCACCGAAUUCACCACCGUGCAGCCCAAGAAGGACAAGGCAUUGUACAACUCGAUCAAGAACGAGAAGCUGGAAUGGGCAAUUGACGGGGACGAGUUGAAGAAAUCGCUGUCUGAGCUCGCAGACACCAAGAACGACAACGCCCACACCAAGAGCAUCAGCAGGAUCAGCAGUGGCAGCAACCCUUUCCUGGACAUCGCCCAUGAUCCCAACGCUGCUGUUUACAAAGCAGGCUUUCUGGCCCGUAAAAUCCACGCUGACAUGGACGGCAAGAAAACCCCUAGAGGAAAGAGAGGCUGGAAGACAUUUUAUGCUGUCCUCAAAGGCAUGAUCCUUUAUUUACAGAAGGAUGAGUACAAACCUGACAAGGCCCUGUCUGAAGAGGACCUGAAGAAUGCCAUCAGCGUGCAUCAUGCCCUGGCCAUAAAGGCUGUAGACUACGAGAAGAAGCCCAACGUGCUUAAGCUGAAGACAGCCGACUGGAGAGUCUUCCUCUUCCAGGCCCAGAGCCCUGAGGAAAUGGAGUCCUGGAUCAGAGUCAUCAACUCGGUGGCUGCCAUGUUUUCCGCGCCCUCUUUCCCUGCUGCCAUCGGCUCACAGAAAAAAUUCAGCCGCCCGCUGCUGCCGGCCUCAACCACCAGGAUGUCACAGGAGGAGCAGCUGAAGUCGCACGAGGCCAAGCUGAAGCACAUCUCCACAGAAUUAGCCGAGCACAGGUCCUACCCUCCGGACAAGAAGGUCAAAGCCAAGGAGGUUGACGAGUACCGCCUGAAAGAGCACUACCUGGAAUUUGAGGAGAACCGUUACGAGAUGUACGUGAAGCUGUUGAAGGACGGAGUGAAGGAGCUCCUGACCGCUAAAGAGAAUGAUGCUGCUCUGAAGAAAUCCCAGUCCAGCCCACACCUCAACCAGGAGUCCCAGCCGGCCGCGGCCAAAAUCAAGCGCAACACGUCCGAGAGGAAGGACUACCGCCCCGAGACGCCCAAAGUCACAUAGGCAGGGUGUCUCCGCCCCUCUUGAAAACAAGAGCCAUUCUUCACGACAUGUGAAUAUAUUUUAAUGUAAUUUAUUAAUCUGCCACUGUUGUAAACGGAAAACUGUUGUGUAAAAUGUAAUUGAAUUGAUACUCGUCCUCUUUAGAUCGACUGGUGCUCGUGUAGCUGUUUGUAGGAGACAUUACUUACAUCCGUGUGGUCCUUUAAUUUCCUUUGGCUGUCGUCGACAUUGUUGCAGUUGUCAUUGUCGUGAUGAGAGUGUGAUUUCCUCGCGAGACGUCCGCUCGAUUCGUUCCCGCCGUGUCGCGUCUCGAAAUUCGAUUUGCCUUUCACUCGAGAGGAGUAGUGCUUUCCCGCCUACGGUUUAGUGCCGAUUUCCACAGCAGUUUCUUUGUGCAUACAGUAGGCAGUAGACGUGUUCUUUCUCUGAAGGUCAUUUUAGUAUGGAAAUGAAGUGAGCGUUAGAACUGCAGUUUAUAGGCAAGAAAGGCUUCCGGAGAGAGCGGACAGGAGACUUGAAUGCUUUCUUAAAGAAACGUUCUUUAAGGACCUCUGAGAUUUUUAUUUUUUCAUUGCAGUGAUGCUUCAGGAUGUAAAUACAGGAACGCAGCGCAUCAGGUCAUGAACAACUCAGUUAGCCGUUUCAUUCUAUAUUACUAUAGCAAAACAAAGAGGUACCCCAAUCACUCUCUCUCUCUCACACACACACACGAACUCAUACACUCUCUCUCUCUCUCACACACACACACUCUCUCAUACACUCUCAUACACUCUCUCUCUCUCUCUCUCUCUCUCACACACACACACACGAACUCAUACACUCUCUCUCUCUCUCUCUCUCUCUCUCUUUCUCUCACACACACACAUACACAUUCUCUCUCUCAUACACACACACACUCUCUCUCUCUCUCUCUGUAUUGUACCAGCAUGUUACAGCAGUUUAGAAAAGAUUAAAAAAAAGAGAAAGCCAGUUCAUUAUUUUAUAAAUGUAAACCUGAGGUACUUUACAGCGACCCUUUGAAGCUAAGUUGAGUUGUAUUUACAAAACACGGCUUUUCAGCUUCGCAGGAUGAUGUUCAUCAUUGGUGCAGAGGCGAGCCAAUUAUUUUUUUAAACUCUUUCAAAUAAAAAGUAUUCUGCUUUUUUUUUUGUUUGUUUUGUUUUGUUGUUUUUUUUGCGUAGUGUAAAUGCCAAUGCUCCUUUAGUGUAUUUUAUAAUCUUAUAUAUUUGGAUUUAUAAUUCUCAGUUCAGGACAUUAUUGUUGUAAAGAUGAAAUUAGUAUUUAUAGUGCACUUUAUGACUUCUGUUUGAGUAUUUAGAGCUUUAUAAAAAAUGAUAAUAAAAAAAAAAAGUAGUGAUGCGUUUCUUGGCCACAUCACAGGAUUUUUCAGGCCGUGUAGAUCGUGUUUAGCUUGUUCGAAGGUACUGAGCUGAAUGUACGUUUAUUUCUCCGUCAGCUCGAGCUGUAAGCGUGUUAGUUUGUCUGUGGUUUUGUAGUUUUGCCCUCAUAAGUAGGUUGUGAAAGAUAAAGGUUUUUUGGAUGCUGUAUAACGAGGAACGACCGCCUUGGAUAACGUCGCUCUCGGAUUUUUGUAAGCCGUCACCGUUUAGGCAAAAGCAUCGAACACUAUGAUGAACACAUCGUACACUUCCAUUGCCGAUUGCACAAGUUUUCUUGUGGCAGAUCCGCAUCAUUUUCACUUACUGAAGGUUUGAAUUCAAUUCAUUUGCGUAUUAAAUAGAAGUAUAGUCAGGCUGUUUGAAGAUAUCUCGAGUUAGUUUAUGCAAAUCCCUCCAGUCAUAAACGAUGUUUACUUGAACUAUACGUAUUGAAAUAAUGUAGGACACUUUAUUUUUAAUUCUAUUUAGGUUUUUUUUUUUGUUUAUUAAUUAGUACACAUAUGAAAUGAUGAAUGUGAGCAGUAAAGUACGAAUAGGAUAUUUACAUUUUAUUAUAGCAAGCUCACUCAGAACAAUAUUUCUGUUUUCGUGUUGCUUUUGCUGCGUAUAACUGCUACACAGUACGCUUCGUUAUUAGCGUUUAUUUUCUGCUUCAUACCACUAUUUUUAUCCAACAGUGAGGAUUUUAAUAUAUAAGCACUUAAUAUGUACUUGCAGCUUUCUGUUUUCACUUUCGCUAGAUAAAGUCCAGCAUUGAAAAGAUUUUUCUCCCAUGUUUUGGGGAGCUGACAUGAAGAGAUGGACAUCCUUCAUACUGCUCAUGUACGACUACAUAUACUGACCAAAAUAGUUUCCCUUGUUGAUAGAGAAUAUUUUUUAUUUCAGUAGAGCUCUUUUACCGGUAAAAAGAAGUGAAUGGUUCGUAGUAAUUAAAUUCUGUUAGAAAGAUGACACAAGGAGGAUGGAGGACAUACAGUACGGUUAAAAUGUUCAUUUUAAGUGUCGUUUUCCACACAUCUUUUUUCUUGUUGUUUUGUUUUUUUUUAAUCACAGUUGUAUGUAAUUCCACCAACUUCAAGUAAUAAUCCAUAAUAUUACAUUUUAUUCAAACUGGAAUGUACAAAACUGGUACAUUAGGAGAGGUUACUACGCUUGUUGAAUAGACUUUAUUGCCUUAUAAGAAUUCUCACAUAGCUCCAAGCUUUCGUCAGUUUGCUGUAGCAAACCUGGUGAUAAUUUUGUAGUCGAGCCAUGUCCAGAUCAGAGUGGACUCGAGACCAAAGCAUGACCCAAUUAAACCCAGACCAUUGGCAGGAUUUAUAACGGCCGGACAGGACGGGGCUUGGGAGAGGGUAAAGAUUUGGGUUGCUGGAUAUCAUUGUGACAAGGCUGAGUAUAAAAUUUGACCACCAAGUAGGACGUGGAUUAAUAAACUCUUAUCUUCUCUUGUCAUCUGUGUUGGGAUGGAAUCGGAGAGCAGCUGACUCUGUACAUACUCAUGCCUCAGUAGACAGUGAUGCACCUUAGCUUUCUGAUGGUCUGUUUGGUCUCCAAACACCAGUUAGAAAUCUCUCUCUCAAAGCUGUGAUCUUGUACAAUCCUUUAACUCUGUAAAUGCUGUUCAAUAUAACUGUCACCCUGUGUUCAGAGGAUUUCACUUUCCGCUCGUUCAAGUAAUCUCUCUUGGCACGAGAGCGUGUCUUACGCCCUGUAGCCGAGAUCAGGGACACAGUGCUGGUGUCAUACAAACUGUAGACGGUUUCAGUGAAUAAAAUACAGUAUUUAAUUCAA